AAUUAAAUUAUUGAAAUCAAUACAAGUGCAAUUGAAAACUAAACGAUUUUUUAACAUUGGAAUCUCCAUGGCCUGCAGUCGAUAUGAAUAUGUCAAGGAUUAUGAGAAAGAUGACAGUAUACUACCGAAUGUUUGGAUUGUGAUUCGUGUUGAUGGUAAAGGUUUUCACAAGUUCUCCAAGGUGCAUGAUUUUGAGAAACCAAAUGAUUCAAAUGCCUUGAAUUUAAUGAACAAUGCCGCUCAAACGGUUAUGGAAGAAUUUCGUGAUAUUAUUUUAUCCUAUGGACAAAGUGAUGAAUAUUCAUUUGUAUUUCGCAAGGAGGCAGACGUGUUCAAUCGAAGAUCUUCUAAACUGUUGUCGUAUGUAACGAGUUUGUUCACCUCGUCGUAUGUCAUGAACUGGCCCAAUUGGAUGGGUGACAAAACGCUUCAAUAUCCACCAUGUUUUGAUGGCCGAGUUGUACUAUAUCCGUCCGAUCAAAAUCUUAGAGAUUAUUUGAGUUGGCGACAGGCAGAUGUACACAUUAACAAUUUGUAUAAUACAGCAUUUUGGAAUUUAGUAUUAAAGGCUGGUUUAACUAAUCAGCAGGCGGAAGCAGAAUUAAGGGGUACAUUUUCGGCAGAUAAAAAUGAAUUACUAUUUUCGCGAUUUGGUAUAAAUUACAAUAGUCUACCAGCUAUGUACCGCAAAGGUACAAUUUUGUUAAGAAAAAAGGUGUCCAUAAAUGAUGACAACGCUAAAAGACAAUUAAUAGUACCCAUACACGAUGAUCUAAUAAGGGAGAAGUUUUGGAAGACACACAGUGAACUGUUGGGAAAAUAUAAACCUGGCGAUUAUGACAAUGUGGAAAGCAGCGAAACAAAAAAUUAUCCUGAAUUGAUUGCAAGACAAAUAGAAAAAAUAAUGUUAAAUGUUAAAGAAAGCUAG